AAACCACCAAAAGACCGGUUCAUCGUUCCAUAAUCAUGUGAUAGAGCUCCUUUUCCAUCAUGUUCGUCAUGUCAUGAGCAAGGGACUGGACACAUUUUGUGGUUAUCAGCUUGAUUUGGCCCUCGCGGAUUGGCCAAUUGCAGCGCUAUCUCGUCUCUUCUUCUUCUCCCUCCCUCUCUCGUUUUUGGCUUGUGACAGACCAGCCCAAGCACAUACUGCUCUUUUCUUCUUCUUUUUACUGCCUACCUAGAACUUAUAAUAACGAGCCACGAAGAACGAAAGCGAAUAAAUACCCUCGACGAGCGAUAGACGACUUCUCCUUCCUCCUCCAUAGAGAGUCUUUUUCAU